AUUGUGGUCGGAUUUGUCCAGACGGUGGUAUCCUAAGCCAGGAUUGUUCAGUUUGCACAUGUGAGGGAGUGGUAUUGCAUGGGAGAGUGGCUACAACUGAUGGGUUCCCUUUAGCUAAUACGAGUGUAUAUUUAAAAACCCGUAUGUGGGAUGCAAUAGGAUCAACUGACACUCUUGGCUUCUUUAAUAUUCAAGACAUAUGCCCAAGGAAUACGAUACUUGUGUUUAAAAAGACACAAUUCAUUGACAUUACUAGACCUAUCCAACGGCAGAAUGCAACACAUCAUGGCGUUCAAGUCAAAAUGGAAAGAGCUG